AUCAUAACAAAACAAAAACUUUUUUUAGCCAUUGAUUAAAGAAAACACGUGCCGGAAAGUUGUAAUUUCAGAAUUCAAGUAAUUUAUUAAAAAUAAAAAAACAAAAAUGGUACAAAAUAAACAAAAAAGUCCAAAAAUGAAACCACCAAGUGUAAAAGUUAAAAAGAAUGCAGCUAAAACAGUUGACAAGUGGGAAAAAGUGAAAAUAAAAGGCAGUGUCAUAACCGAAGAUGGUGUGGGUUUGGAAGGACUCAUUGGUUUAGAAGUUUUGGAGGACUAUGCAUCCAAUUUGAUAGGAACAUCCAAGCCCAAAUUAACACGCAAACAAAAACGAUUGGAUCGUAAGAAGGGUACAAAAAAAGGCAAGGCAGCGGAGGGCUCAGAUGAAAGUGAUAGCGAGGAAGAUAGCUCAGAUGAGAGUGGUGACGAAGGUAAUGGUAAGGCAGCAAAGAAAAAGGCUAAGAAGGAGGAUUACUUAAGCAAAAAAUUGGAAAGAAGACGUGAAAAGCGAGAGGAACGCAAAUUAAAACGUAAAGAAGAUAAAAAAAAUCCAGCCGCUAAAACAGAAACACAAAAUACUGAUAAGAAAUCAAAAAAAUCAAAAGAUAAAACUAGCAAAAAGGGAAAACAAAACGAAGAUCGUUUUAAGUUGUUGAGACCACCACCUACAGAGGAUGAUGAAGUAUCAAAAUCUGAUGAUAGUGAUGAAGAGGAAGACAAAGUGCCCGAACUAGUAGAUAGCAAAGCCAUAAGCGUAGAUGAUUUAGAGGGCUGGAAUGGUUUAGGUGUUCCCCAGUGUAUACUUGAGGCAUUGGCUGAAAAGGGUUUUAAGUCACCCACCGAAAUACAAUCUCGCACCUUGGCCGCUGCUAUUUUGGGUAAAAAGGAUAUUUUAGGAGCUGCUGAGACGGGCAGUGGAAAAACUUUAGCCUUUGGCAUACCCAUGUUGACCGGUAUUAUGGAAUUGAAAAGAAAAAAUGUCAGAACUGGCAUAAGAAAACCUUUAGGUAAAAGUAAAAAUAAGGAAACUGCCAAAGAGGAAAUAAUUGAAGAAGAAAUAGAAGACCCAGAAGCCAUGGACCUAGACAACUGCUCCGAAUUUAAUGAUUCAGAUGAGGAAGAAGCUCCAGUUCAAGGCGGUGCUCUUUUUGCAUUGGUUUUAACACCCACCAGAGAAUUGGCUGUGCAAGUAAAAGACCACAUAGUAGCGGCAGCUAAAUAUACGGGCAUUAAAGUGGCGGCCAUAUUUGGAGGCUUGUCGUUGGCUAAACAGGAACGUGUAUUAAAUUCACAUCCUGAAAUUGUAGUGGCCACUCCUGGACGUUUGUGGGAGUUGUAUCAACAAGGCAAUAAACAUUUGAGUAAAAUAGAAGAUAUUAGUUUCUUGGCCAUUGAUGAAACAGAUCGUAUGGUGGAAAAGGGCCAUUUUGAAGAGUUGAGAACUUUAUUGAGAGUGAUCAAUGAAAAUGAGCAGAAAAAACAAUCACGUCAGAACUUUAUAUUCUCGGCUACCUUGACCUUGGUACAUGAUUUGCCCGAUCACAUGCAAAAACGUAAUUAUGGCAAACGGCCCAAAUUUGUUAAACAAACCUCGGAAAUGAAAAUUCAAAGUUUUAUAGAAGAAUUGGGCAUAUCCCAGCCCAAGAUAGUGGAUAUAACCAGUUCCCAACAAACUGCCCAGACUCUUACGGAAUGCCGUUUAAUUUGUCCUUUGGAGCACAAGGAUUUCUAUUUAUAUUACUUUGUACAACGUCAUCCAGGCAGGACCAUUGUCUUCUGCAAUUCCAUAGACUGUGUUAAGAGAUUAUCUACACUUUUUGGUUUAUUGGAUUGUAAUCCCUUGCCCUUGCAUGCUAAUAUGAUACAAAAACAACGUCUUAAGAAUUUAGAAAGAUUUAGAGAUAAUGUUUGUGGUCUACUAAUAGCUACUGAUGUAGCGGCUAGAGGUUUGGAUAUACCCAAUGUAGAGCACGUUAUUCACUAUCAGGUGCCCCGUACUAGUGAAAAUUAUGUGCACAGAUCUGGUCGUACAGCAAGAGCUAAUAAAAAUGGUAUAACUGUAAUGUUUAUGGAACCAGGCGAGGUUAAAACUUACAUCAAAUUAUACAAAACUUUAGAGCGAACUGAAGACUUACCAUUGUUUCCGGUAUCGGAGCGUUAUUUGAAUGCAGUAAAGGAACGUGUAAAUUUAGCACGUGAAGUUGAUAAACAAGAAUUAAAAUUAAAACGUACCCAAACGGAAUUAGGCUGGAUGAAAAAACAUGCCGAAGAAAUGGAUAUGGUGAUCGAGGGUUUCAAUGAUGAAUCGGGUAGUGAUCAGGACGAAGAUCCUUAUAUAAUAGAAAAACGUCGCAAUCGCGUACAAUUGGACGGUGUUAGAUCUGAAUUAAAAACCUUAUUGUCACGUCCGAUAUUCCCCCGAGGCUUUAGUUUCAAAUAUCCCGGUGUUAAUGGACAAUUACAAAUGACACAAAUGUCAGGAGAUAAUAAUGAUGAAGCCCCAAGUGCCGUGCAAGUCAUGAAAGAUGCCAUUGAAGAUUUAAAACAAGCCAAGAAAAUGCGCAACAAGAAAAAGAAAAGUACAUAGAGAAUAAUUAAUGUAUACAAAUAAAAUAGAAAUUAUAAAUAAAUUUUAUAUACAAAUAUGUAUAAUAAUAAAACAAA